AUGGGCGUCUCGGGCGCGCUGCGGAUACGCCUCGCGCGGGGAGGGUUUCGACACAAGCCCUUUUACAGGAUCUUCGUGGCGCAGAAGGAGGCGCCCGUGCAGGGCCGCCACAUGGAUAUCCUCGGGUACUUCAAGCCCGAGAUCGGACCGGACGGGAACCGGCAGAUGGGCAUCAAGUUCGACCGGUUGCGAUACUGGCUCGCGCGCGGAGCGACGCCGUCGGACCGGGUAGCCUGGCUCCUGCACGUAGCGGGGGUGCUGCCGGAGCCCCCGCAGAAGGGGUACUACCGCCACCGGCCGGACCUGCUGCACAAGUCGCGGGAGGAGAUCCGGCAGAUUCUCAGGAGCGAGCGCGCGGGCUGA